UCGGUCCGUGAGCACUAAAUAUUUCACUUAUAACUUUUUCUUCCGGUUACUGAAAAUUUUAGAAACAGAUAUCUGCUAUGGCAAGCAUGGCGAAGCAAGGUGGUUACAUCAUCGGCGAGAACUCGAUCAUAUUUGCUAUGGUGAGUGCUGUGCUGAUCAUUGUAAUUUCUUGCUGGUACUCAUUUGGAAAUGGAAAGUCGAGAAGAAAUGGAGAACUACAAUUGCCACCUGGGCCUCGAGGUUUACCUUUAAUUGGCAGUCUUCUUUCUUGUGGCAGCGAUCUUCAUACUUACUUUGGGAAAUUAGCUGAAACCUAUGGUCCAGUUAUAAAAGUUAAAAUGGGUAGCAAAAUAUAUGUUGUAAUAAGUUCAGCUUCAAUGGCAAAAGAAGUUCUGAAAGACAAUGAUUCUAUUUUGGCUUACCGUGAUACACCCAUUGCCGCAUUAGUUUCAAGUUAUGGUGGUUCAGAUAUUGCAUGGAGUCCAAGUAACUCAGAAUGGAGAAAACUUCGAAAAGUUCUCGCUCAUGAACUGCUGAGUAAAAGAAGUCUUGAAUCAUGCUACGAUUUACGCAGAGAAGAAAUCCGGAAAACAAUUAUUGAAAUAUACAAACUGAAGAUUAGUAUGCCCAUAAAUUUUGGUGAAGAAGUCUUUGUAACAAUUCUUAAUGUGAUUACGGGAAUGUUAUGGGGUGGUACAAUUCAAGGAGAACAGAGGUCCAGGGUUGAUGCUCUCGAGUUUCGGAAGGUGAUCGUUGAGCUGAAUACACUAGUUGGCAAACCUAAUGUCUCGGACUUCUUCCCCGUUCUUAGAUGCUUCGAUAUCCAAGGUAUUGAACGUCAAGCAACAGCUCUCUCUGCGUGGUUAGACUGCAAAAUCGAUUUGGUUAUCGACCAUAAGGAGAAAUUAAAAGACAAGGACCAAUUUCAGACUUGCCAAAGCAAGGAGAACAGAAAGGAUUUUGUGCAACUUCUUUUAGAGCUCAUGGAACAAGAAGAUGAUGAAAGGCAAAUAAACAGCACCCAGCUUAAGGCCUUAUUUGUGGACAUUGUCAUGGCCGGCACUGAUGCAACAUCGACAACCAUAGAAUGGGUAAUGACAGAAAUGAUGCAGCAUCCAGAGAUUAUGAAAAGAGUACAAGCAGAGUUGGAUCAAGUUGUAGGAAUUAACAACAUGGUGGAAGAGUCUCAUUUGUCAGAGCUUCAGUACUUAAAUGCAGUAUUGAAAGAAACAUUAAGGCUACACCCAGCCGCACCCCUUUUACUUCCUCAUUCUUCAAGUUCUCCGUGUCAAAUUGGCGGCUAUAUUAUCCCCAACGGCGUGACAGUAUUAUGUAACGCGUGGUCGAUACAUCGUGACCCAGAAGUCUGGGCCGAUCCGUUGAAGUUUCAUCCCGAAAGAUUUUCAAGUAAUGAAGAUGUUAAGAAGUUUGACUACAAUGGUAAUAAUUUCAUUUAUAUUCCAUUUGGAUCCGGGAGAAGAAUUUGUUCUGGAAUUCCUUUAGCAAAAAGAAUGUUGCCGUACGUGUUAGCCUCUCUUCUGCACUCCUUCGAUUGGCGAUUACCUAAGGAUGCAAAACUCGAUUUAAGGGAAACAUUUGGUGUUGCCUUAAAGAAAACGACUCCGCUUGUUGUUAUUCCUACACCAAGAUUAGAUAAUCUCGAGCUUUAUACGUAAUGCUCCACUCCUGGGGGUGAUAACAAUAUUGUAGUAACAUAUUUAGCAAAAUACGAGGUUGAGGUCGAAUUGGCUUCAGUUGUUAAAAUUUUUAUGUUCUCUGUUCAAAAUCUCAUUAAAUGGUGUGUGUUUCUGUUUUGUGAUAGAUUUAGCCGUACCGAAUUUUGGUAAAAAGUCUGGAAGCAAUUUGUGAUAUAUUCAAGAGGUUGUUUAUGAGCAAGCAAAGUUAAUAAAGAAAGCUCCAUUA